AUGAAUUCGACUAACACGUAUUCGCAUUGCGACGCCUCCUUGGGCCCGACGGUAGGCCACUGUGGUGCACAGUCGCGCUUCGACUUUACCCUUGCUUUUGAGCAAUCUGUGCUGUCCAUCACGCCGUAUGCCAUUCUCCUGAGCGUUGCCAUCCCACGACUCGUCCAUCUCCGGACGCACAGCCGCAAAGUCGCCGGUCGCCCUCUUCGCCUCGUCAAGCUUGCCAUCUACGUCGUCUUUGCCUCCCUCCAGCUCGCCAUCCUCAUCUCUUGGUCCACUCUCCAUGGCCCGAAGCUCGGCAUCGCGUCGUCCGCGCUGGGCGUGGCAACGGCGCUCGUCAUGGGCGCGCUCAGCUACCUUGAGCACGAGCGCGCCGUCCGGCCCUCCACCAUUCUCUGCGUCUAUCUCUCGCUGUCCGUCCUUUUUGACGGCGCGCAGUGCCGUACCCUCUGGCUGCUGCUCCUCCACGACCAGCAGCAGCAGCAACACGCCCUCCUACCCGCGCUCUUCACGGCGCAGCUCGCGACCAAGGUCGUCAUGCUGCUCGCCGAGUCCCUCGGCAAGACGCGCUACCUCGUGGGCUCGUGGCAGGCGCUGAAGCGCUGCCCGGAAGCCGUGGCGAGCGUGUUUAGCAGAGGUGCGUUUUGGUGGCUCAACGGGCUGCUCACGCGCGGCUUCAGCGCGACGCUGGACCUGGACACGCUGUAUGAGACGGACGAGGAGCUGCGCUCGGAGAGGCUGCUCGCCGAGUUUCGGGAGCGCGUGUCCAGGACGGCGCCGUCCAAGUACAGGCUGCCGCUGGUCAUUGUGGCGUGUCUCAAGGUGACGAUUGCCAAGACGGUCAUUGCGCGGCUUUUCAUGACGGGCUUCAAGUUUACGCAGCCAUUCUUGCUUCAGUACAUUAUUGAAUUCGUGCAGCACGACCAGAAAGGCGGCGAGUACCAUCAGGAUGUCGCGUACGCUCUCAUUGCUGCGACUGGUCUGUUUUACAUUGGAACGGCGUUUGCGACUGGGUUCUACAAUCACCACCUCUACCGCGGCCUGACCAUGAUCCGCGGUGGCCUCGUCUCGCUUGUGUGCGCCGAGUCGCUGGGCGUAUCUACGGCCGUGGCCGCGGAGAUGGCCACGCUCACGCUCAUCGGACCCGACGUCGGCGUCAUCAGCAGAGCCUUCUCCGGCGUGCACGAUCUCUGGGCGAAUCCCAUCGAGAUUGCCCUCGCCACUUGGCUUCUUGCUCGGCAGCUCGGCGUCGGCUGUGUCGGGCCCAUUGCCUCUGCUCUACUCUGCUUUGUUCUCAUGAGUCAGCUCCCAAAGCGCAUGGGCCCGGCCAUCAAGGCCUGGAACGUCGCCAUCCAGAAGCGGGUGUCGAUAACAUCGAGUGUGGUUGGCUCCAUUCGGGAAACCAAGAUGCUGGGUCUGGUGCCCGUCUGGCUGGAGUAUAUCCAGUCGCUUCGUGUCCUUGAGCUCAAAGAGUCGAAGCAGUUCCGCAUGUUCAUCGUGUACAUGAACGUUUUAGGCAACCUGAGCCCGUCUUUGGCACCCCUCUUGACUUUUGGCAUCACUCUCGCCGUUAGACGCCACGACGCUAAUAGCGGCCUCGACAUCUCUACGGCCUUUACGUCGCUUUCCAUCAUGAGCCUCAUGAUGAGCCCUCUGGCCAAUCUACUCUCUUCUUUCCCCAGCUUUGCCAGUUCCUUUGGUAUUUUCGAGCGUGUCGAGAAAUUCCUCGAGCAAGCCAAAUUUCACGACACCAUCACCAGCCAGAACUGCGUCGGUGGCACUACUGCUGCUGACACCUCCGAAAACACGCAAUCUGCUGGCAUUGAGAUGGAUCGCAUGCCCAAAAGUAGCAUCACCCUGCGCGGAGCUUCCCUUUCUGCCAAGAUUGGUGACGAGGCUAUCCUUCACGAUAUCGACCUGGCCAUCAAGCCCGGAGACAUCUGCGCCGUCACCGGCAAAGUAGGCUCCGGCAAGAGUCUGCUCCUGCAGGCACUUCUCGGAGAGCUCUCAGUCGUGAGCGGUGAGUUCGAGAUUGACGUGGCCCGGUUUGGGUACUGCUCGCAGUCGGCCUGGCUCUUCAAGGGCACCAUUCGCGAUAACAUUGUUGGCUGGACGGUCGGCGACUUUGACGAGAUGCGGUACAAUAGAAUUGUCAAGGCGUGUGGGCUCGGCAAGGAUCUUGCGCAGCUAGCUGAUGGCGACAUGACUGUCUUGACGACCAAAGGCAACUCCUUGAGCGGCGGCCAGAGACACCGCGUGGCGCUUGCACGAGCUCUUUUCGCCGCACCGCCCGUGUUUGUGAUUGAUAACAUUUUUUCGAGUCUAGAUCAGCCGACGCAAAAGUAUGUCUGGGAGCAAGUAUUCGGCCCCUCGGGUCUUGCGCGGCAACUCGGCAGCGCCGUCAUCAUUGCCACACACUCCUUACGAAUCGUUCAGCAAGCAGACCAUGUUGUCGUCAUGGAUCAGUGCCGUAUCGCCCGCCAAGGGCCCUACGCGGCCAUUGCCGACCAAGAAUCCCGAGCGCAGAGCCACGAUGCGGGCUCCGGUGACGACGAGCCCGCCGCGGAAGAGGCAGCCGGGGCGGACAGCACGCCCGACGCGGCGGCGAGCAAGGAAAAGGAAAUCAAGCAGCAGAUUGACGACCUGGUGCAGUCGCAGGGCGACACGUCGCUGUACUGGUACUAUUUCAAGUCGAUUGGGUGGAAGUAUGGCUUGGUUGCGCUGUCGUUUGCCACGAGCAUGGAGGUGUUUGCCGUCAUGAAAGGAAUUUGGUUGAAAUGGUGGACCGAGCACAACACCUCCAACGAAAAGACCCGCGAUGGCCUGUACUAUGGUGUCUACUGCACAUUUAGCAUGGUGGUGCUCAUUACGAUUGGUUUCGACAUUUGGUUCAUGUUUGUCAUGGUGAUCCCCAAGUCGGCCGGCAAGCUUCACUGGAACCUGCUCCGAACUGCGAUGCGUGCGCCAAUGUCCUUUUUUGCGACCAGCAGCAUUGGCAAUCUCGUCAACCGCUUCAGCCAGGACAUGACUCUCGUCGACCAAGAUCUCCCCACGGCCGUCUUUACUUCCCUCAAAGGUACCCUCUCCGUCGUUGGCACAGGCGCCCUCGUCAUGCUCGGCUCGGCCUACCUCGCGGCCACCAUCCCCGUCGGGCUCGUGCUCCUCUACGUCCUGCAAAAGUUUUACCUGCGCACCUCGCGGCAGCUGCGCCUGCUGCAGCUCCGCGCCUCGGCGCCGCUCUUCUCGCACCUCGUCGAGACGGCCGAGGGGCUGGCCACCGUCCGCGCCCUCCGCUGGGAGGCGGGCCUGCGGCGCCACGCCGUCGCGCUGCUCGACCGCUCGCAGCGCCCGCACUACCUGCUCUUUGCCAUCCAGCGCUGGCUCACCCUUGUGCUCGACCUGAUGGUCGGCGGGCUCGCCGUCGUGCUCGUCGUGCUGGCCGUCGUGGUGCGCCAGUCGGGCACGGGAAGCGUCGCCGUGUCCUUUUCCAACGUCCUCGGCUUCGGCGCCGUGCUCGCCCAGUUCGUCACGUCGUGGACGCAGCUCGAGACGUCGCUCGGCGCCAUCGCCCGGCUGCGCACGUUUGAGCAGGCGACGCCGCAAGAGGUCGAGAGAGAGGGCGCGACGGAGCCGCCCGCCGACUGGCCCGCGCGCGGCGCCAUUGAGAUUCGCAACCUCUGCGCUUCGUACAAGAGCAGCUCCUCCUCCGCCCCUCCUCCGGCAUCGUCGGCUGACCCCAGCCUCGUCGUUUCUCCUCAUGAUGACGAUGCGCCCAUUGGCGAGAAUGACCAGCCGGUGCUGCGGCACCUCACCACGUCCAUCCGGCCGGGGGGAAAGGUCGCCAUCUGCGGCCGCACCGGCAGCGGCAAGUCGUCGCUGCUCCUCGCGCUCUACCAGCUGCUCCGCUACAGCGGCACCACGACCAUUGACGGCGUCGACGUGUCCCUCGUGCCGUUCGACACGCUCCGCUCGCGUCUCAUCACCGUUCCGCAGGAACCCGUCCUCUUUCCCGGCACCAUCCGCUUCAACCUCCUCCCGGGCUCCUCUUCCUCCUCAUCAUCAGACGAAGCGGCCCUCCUCGACGCCCUAGCCCAAGUCUCGCUCAAGGACGCCGUCCUCGCCGUCCCUGGCGGACUCGACGCCGACGUCAGCGACGCGUCCCUGUCGCACGGUCAGAAGCAGCUCCUCUGCCUCGCCCGUGCCCUGGUCCGCAAGAACAGCCGGGUCGGGUCAGGUGGGAUCCUGGUGCUGGACGAGGCAACGAGCGCGGUGGACGUGGCGACGGAGCGCCUGAUGGUGGACGUGGUCAAGGCUGCAUUUGCGGACUGCACGGUGCUUGCGGUGGCGCACCGGCUGGAGAGCGUGCGCGGGUUCGACAAGGUGCUGGUGCUAGAUCAGGGUGCGCUGGUGCGAGUGGGCACGCCCAAGGAGUUGAUUGGGGAAGACGGGCAGCUGCGUGUUUAA